AGCAGGUUAUGGGCAGGACUGCCUCUGGCCCACACCAUGAAGCCUGAGUCUGCAUCCGCUCUGCUGAGGGCCAGGCUCUGUGUGCGCACUCACCUUCCAGCUGCCCCUCUCCCCGUAGCCCCCUGCUGCUAAGAGGAAGAUCUUUAGGACUAAUCCUUGGCCUGUUUCUACCUGUCACCUGGCUCACCUCACCACCCACUCCUCCUCCAUUACGGCACCCUGGACUCCAGCCCUCUCCCUGGCCUCUCUGGCUGGGGCAUUUGGGGGUCUGCUGGGAGGAGUGCAUUGCUGAAGGCUCUCACCCACCACUUACCUUCUCCUCCUUGAAUCAAGGCCUCCGGAUCCACAUGGAUAGCUGAGAUCUUUUCUUGGAGAAAGACACUUUGCUCCUCAUUCCAGACCCUCAGUGCCCCGACCUGACUUUCCUCCUCUUUGGCUGCCCUUUCUUGCUCCUGUGCCCAUCUCACUUCCUCCUUCCUCACCCUCUCAAUAUUUGUGUGAUUCUUCCUUUUGUGUGCUCUCUGUCCCCACAACCCAUCUUUUCUCCCUCUCUCCCUUCUCUGCGAAGGGGGAUCAUCCCCUGAGGGCUGUUCCCUGGCUGUCUGCUCCUCUGGGCUCUGUCUGGUCCCCACAGCCAUGAUGAGUUUCACCACACACUCCGUGUUCUUCACCCUGAAGGCCAGCGUCCUGCUGGGGUCCCUGCUGGGGCUAUGCCUGGGCCUAGAAUUCAUGGGCCUCCCCAACCAGUGGGCCCGCUACCUCCGCUGGGAUGCCAGCACACGCAGCGACCUGAGCUUCCAGUUCAAGACCAAUGUCUCUACGGGGCUGCUCCUCUACCUGGAUGAUGGCGGCGUCUGCGACUUCCUCUGCCUCUCGCUGGUGGAUGGCCGUGUGCAGCUCCGCCUCAGCAUGGACUGCACUGAGACUGCUGUGCUGUCCGACAAGCAGGUGAAUGACAGCAGCUGGCAUUUCCUCAUGGUGAGCCGUGACCGCCUGAGCACGCUGCUGGUGCUGGAUGGUGAGGGCCGGUCUGGGGAGCUGCAGCCCCAGCGGCCCUACAUGGAGGUGGUUAGUGACUUGUUCCUGGGCGGAGUCCCUGCAGACAUACGACCUUCUUCCCUGACCCUGGAGGGAGUACAAGCUAUGCCCAGCUUCAAGGGAUUAAUCCUGGAUCUCAAGUACGGCAACUCAGAGCCUCGGCUUCUGGGGAGCCAGGGUGUCCAGUUGGAUGCCGAGGGACCCUGCGGCGACCGUCCCUGUGAAAACGGUGGGAUCUGCUUUCUCCUGGAUGGCCAUCCCACCUGUGACUGUUCUACCACUGGCUAUGGUGGCAAGCUCUGCUCUGAAGGUAAGGCCCUCUUCCUUAUUCCUAUUCAGUGA